AUGCGCAGGUGGCCGCGGUGGACCGGGCCCUGGCGCGGCUCCGGCGGUAUUUGCGGCGGCGCUGCCCGUGGGGGAGCCUGCGGGAGCCCGCCCACCCCCCCGCCCACGCCCCCCCGACGCCGGCAGGGGCCAGGGAAGGGGAAAACGAGGGAAAAGAGGGGGACUUCCCCCCGCCGGUGUAUGUUGUGGAUAGUUUUCUCUACGACGAGGCCGCGAUCGCGCGGCUCGCGGAGGAAUCGCGGGUCUGCCGGGACUACUGCCGCCGCUGCGGCUCCACCGCGAUCGGCCGGGCGGCCUUCCUCACCCACUCCUUCUCGCAGGACCAGCUGGUCUACCUCAGCUGCUUUCUCCUCCCCGCCCUCGCGGCGGCCCGGGGGGCGAAGGGGGGGAUUCUUCUUCCUUUUCUUCUUCUUCUUCUUCCUCUUUUCAUUCCUCCGCGGCCUUUAA